UCCAAGACGUAUAUUUGGAUAUAUUCGUGAUUUGUUGGACAGACAGGGACAGUAAACUCCUAAUAGACCAUCACGUAUAUGCUCUGGUUACGGUCAUAGCUCAUUUAAUCCUGCUAUCAAUCUGUUUCCCACCCUCGCUUCCUUUAAUCUUAGCCCCCACUCUUAAAAACCCCCUACAGAGUAGUAGAGGGAACAAUAUAAGCAAUAUUCACUGACGUUCGUCUUCGUGAGUGAGUCAACCUUGCGUCAUUUGAGCGUUGUGCUUGGUCUUGUCCCCCCACUCGUUUUUGAAUGAAAAAAGAAAAAAAUAUAAAAAAAUCUCUUUCUUUAAAUCCACUGGAAAAUCCCCCGGCAUCGGUGACGCACUGUGAUCAAAAUAUAAGAAUAUAACUGUUCUAAGAGAAAAAGAAGGUCAUCGUGAUCCAUACAGGUGUACUUUACCUCGUCUGCUUUUAAAAGCAACUUGUGCUAUUAUUAGCAAUUAAUAAUUAGGCGGCGUGACCAGGCAGGCUUGUGCGUCAGAGAGGUUCGCUCCACGCAGAGCAUGUCAAUUUUCAGUCUAAGCUGCAUGUGAUUUUCAUGUCCUGUUUUAGGAUCUUAAAUUGCAAGCGUGAUGCCCGUGCAGUGUUAGAGCUUUGCUGCUGAUUGCAUUUUACCGAGCGUUUUUAUUUGCACAUUCACUUCUGGCCAUAUCGUUACAACGGAAUUUAAAGAGAGGUCUGUCUCUUCUGCAUAUCAGAGACAUUACACCAACUGCAUUUACAGUUAUUUGGACUCUGCUGGAGCUUUCACUUUCCACAGAAUCAUCUCCUCUUCGCUGUUCUAAUCUGUAUCCCUGGGUUUGAUGAAGAUAGAGGUCCCAGAUGCCUAAAAACAGCAAGGUAACACAACGGGAGCACAGCAAUGAGCAUGUGACAGAGUCUGUUGCCGAUCUUCUUGCUAAUGAGGAGCCUCUCGAUUAUAAGAACAGUGCACUGAAUGUGGGUGGUGUCCCGCCUCACAAGGAUAUCAAUGAAACCUUGGACUUAGGAGAUGAGCGCCCAGCAUGGAACAGCAAGCUUCAGUACAUCUUGGCCCAAGUUGGCUUUUCAGUGGGGCUUGGGAAUGUGUGGCGUUUUCCAUAUCUGUGUCAGAAAAAUGGAGGAGGUGCCUAUCUGAUCCCGUAUUUCAUACUUCUCAUCAUCAUUGGAAUUCCAUUGUUUUUUCUGGAGUUGGCAGUUGGACAGAAAAUACGGCGUGGCAGCAUUGGUGUGUGGAACUAUUUAUGCCCCCGUUUAGGUGGAAUUGGAUUUUCCAGCAUCUUGGUGUGCUUCUUUGUGGGACUCUACUACAAUGUGAUCAUUGGCUGGAGUAUCUUCUAUUUUUUUAAGUCUUUUCAGUAUCCAUUGCCGUGGAGUGAGUGCCCACUAAUAAAGAAUGGCUCUGUUACAGUUGUCGAGCCAGAGUGUGACAAGAGCUCAGCUACCACAUAUUUCUGGUACCGUGAGACAUUGGACAUUUCAAACUCCAUUUCAGAAAGUGGUGGACUGAACUGGCGGAUGACACUCUGCUUGCUUGCUGCCUGGCUUGUUGUGGGUCUGGCCAUGAUUAAGGGAAUUCAGUCCUCUGGCAAGGUGAUGUACUUCAGUUCUCUCUUCCCCUACGUCGUCCUGUUUUGUUUCCUGGUUCGAGGUUUGCUGCUGAGAGGGGCAGUUGAUGGCAUCGCGCAUAUGUUCACUCCAAGACUGGAAAAGAUGCUGGAGCCCCAGAUUUGGCGAGAAGCAGCCACUCAGGUUUUCUUUGCUCUGGGACUGGGCUUUGGGGGAGUCAUUGCCUUUUCAAGUUACAACAAACAGGACAACAACUGUCACUUUGAUGCCACCCUUGUUUCACUUAUUAAUUUUAUCACUUCAGUCCUGGCUACCCUCGUCGUCUUUGCUGUCCUGGGUUUCAAAGCAAAUAUCAUGAAUGAGAAAUGCGUAAUUGAGAACGCAGAGAAGAUUCUGGGCUACCUCAACUCGAAUCUUCUGAGUCGCAACCUGAUUCCUCAUCAUGUGAACUUCUCUCACCUGUCAUCAGCUGAUUACACGGAGAUGUACAACGUGAUCAAGACAGUGGAGGAGGAUGGCUUCUCAAAGUUUGGGCUGGAGCCCUGUCUGCUGGAGGAUGAACUCAAUAAGGCAGUACAGGGAACUGGCUUGGCUUUCAUUGCCUUCACAGAAGCAAUGACUCAUUUCCCGGCUUCUCCAUUCUGGUCAGUGAUGUUCUUCUUCAUGCUCAUUAAUCUUGGCCUUGGAAGUAUGAUUGGAACCAUGGAAGGCAUCAUCACACCCAUUGUUGACACCUUCAAAAUACGCAAGGAGAUUCUAACAGUUUGUUGCUGUAUAGUGGCGUUUCUCUUAGGACUCCUCUUUGUUCAGCGCUCUGGCAACUACUUUGUCACCAUGUUUGAUGACUUUUCUGCUACUCUUCCCCUCACAAUUGUUGUCAUUCUGGAAAAUAUAGCUGUGGCUUGGUGUUACGGUACAAAAAAGUUUAUACAAGAUCUGACAGAAAUGUUGGGCUUUCGUCCAUACCGUUUCUACUUCUACAUGUGGAAGUAUGUUUCUCCUCUGUGCUUAGCCUUGCUUGUCACUACCUGUAUCAUCCAAAUGUUCAUUAGCCCUCCAGGGUACAAUGCCUGGAUACGUGAAAUUGCCGGUGAACGCUAUCUGAGUUAUCCAGAUUGGGCAAUGGGGAUAUGUUUCACCUUGAUUACUGUGGCCAUGCUACCUGUACCCAUUGUAUUCAUUGCCCGACAGUUCCACCUAGUGUCAGAUGGUUCCAACACCCUUUCUGUGUCAUACAAAAAAGGUCGCAUGAUGAAGGAUAUUUCAAACCUGGAGGACAACGAUGAGACACGCUUCAUUCUCAGCAAGGUGCCCAGUGAAGCUGCAUCACCAAUGCCCACCCACCGCUCAUACCUGGGUCCUGAAACUGCCUCUCCUCUGGAGAAUACGAGCAGCAACCCAAAUGGGCGCUAUGGGACAGGCUAUCUUAUGGCCACAACACCAGAGUCAGAGCUAUGAUUACGAGAGUAGUUGGGGUGUUAGCUUUCCCUUACAGAAUAAUGGAGGGCAGUAUUUUGGAUAGCGUUUGUGUAGAUCUUAAUUUUCAGCUUGUUCAAAUGACUGGAGUCCACUAGAAAAGUACCUUAUAAAUGUACACAUGCCCAAAAUACUGCAUCAUCUGCAAACGUCGAAACUGCACUUCUGUAAGGGUUACAUCUAGGAGGGAGGGGGCCAGAAAUGCAGCAGAAAGCCAAAAGGAAAACUUAUAUUCCAGUUUUUCUUCUUUGAAAAAAUUGUUAAAUACCAUGAAGCAAGAAUAUAUAGUAGGAGAGGCAACUGCUGCUAUAGAUGUUCACUUUUAGAGGAUUAUAGUUUUUCUCCUAAGGAAAGCACCUACGUGUUAACUAGUUAAAUUCCGCAUAUCCUUAAUUUCAGAAUUUUUCUGAAAAACAUUUACUCCACAUUUUUAUUUCAAAAGUAAUGUGGAGGAAAGCACUGAUUUCCUUCUGUUUGUUGAAGUUGAGUUGAUUUUUACAAGUUGUAAAGUGCAUCACACACAAAUUCAAAUUGUGGUAACUUCACAGCACUGUUCAUUGUAUAAUGGUAUUUGGAAACAAAAGAUCCCUUAUGAUGAUGAACAAUAUUUGAUAAGACCCUUAGAACACUCUCUCAGCCAGCUUCCUUCCACCCAACAACACCCUUCCACUUUUUUUUCCUUAUAUCCUUCUUAUAUUUUGCACCUUUUUCGCUUUCUUGAAUGGUUUGUCAGGGAGGUCUGAUGUCUUCCACCCUACACAUUCUCACUUGAAGAACAUGGCAGGGAAUUUCUACUCAUUGAAGUGUUUCUGCCCAUUCUUUGUUAUUUUCUUCUCUGUUGCUGUGUUCUGGCAGUCCAUUGUUGCUGUUAAAGAAAGAAUGUGUUAUCAGCUAUUCUCAGAAGUAGAGCAUUUUAAGUAAAGCCUCAUUCAGCAAUCUUAUUUUGAGAACUUGGAGAAGGCUGUGGUAGGACUCUUCUGAGGCAUUACACUAGCAAUUCAACCCUAAGAGGUAUAUUGGCAUGUGCGUGUGUGUGUGUAUAAAAGGUGAUCAAAAUGUUUUGAGCCUGACCAAUUAUGAGAAAUACCAGUAAACCAGGCAAGUUUUAUUUUUCAACAUAAUUCCCAUAAACACUAAUAUACAUGUAUAUAACAUUACAAAGCUUUUGUAUGCCACUUAAGUAAAACAUUUGACAACCAUUCUUAUCUAUUUGACUUGACGUCUUCAUAAUUGACAUAAAACUUCAAAGUUGAGUAGCAGAUUGUAGGCAUAGAGGGCCUGGUCUAGCGAACACGGUGGUUUUGAUAUCUACCUGAAUCCCUGGUUUUCAUAGCCUUUGCAAUCUGUACAGUAUGAGCAGAGGCAUUGUAAUGAAGAAAGAGUAUCAGCUAAUUUCAUUGUAGCUUUUUCUUGAGUAAUUGCUUCAGACACCAGAACAGAUCAGCAUAAUAUUUACAAACUAUGUAGGCUUUUUUAGGCAUGUAAUCAAUGUGGACAACAGUCUCAGCAUCAUGAAAAAUUGUGUACAGCAAAUGGUCUUGUUAGUGCCUGAUUGGAUCUUCACGUUUGUGGGUAUUGGAAUUGUUUCAGUUAUUGUUUGAACUCCAUGCAAUAGUUACGUGUCCAAGUUUUAGUCCCAGUUAUGAAACAUGUUUAAAUAUUUUCCAGUACUAAUUCAAUAGAUGAUGAUUCUCCGUAGAACACUGGAUGCUUCACUUCAGGUGUCAACAUUCUGGACACCCGACUUACAUAGACCUUGCUCAUGGAUAAUUUGCAGAAAGAAUUGAUUCAUCUAACCCAUAACUAAUCCUUAUUGUGCCUGUCAUGCAUGGCCACUCUUUGAUUCUUUGUUAUGAUCCACUCCACAGUGGCUACAUUUACUUAUGUUAUAAAUGUUGAAAGCCAGUCAUAAUGGAGUAAUGCAGCCCAUCUCCUGAUUAUGGCAUAUGGAAGGCACUGGGAUGACUAUUCAAGAAUGAACCUCUGAAGAUAUAUUGUUGUUUAGUAUUAAAUAUUUUAGUACACAGGCAAUUAUCGUUGGAGAUAUCCAAAAUCAGCACAUUAAAAUACAACUGUUUGGAUCAGGCUCAAAACUUUUUGAUCAACCCUUCUUUGUGCAGAUAUGCGUAUAUACAGUAUAUGUACAGUAUAUAAUGUAUGUAUGUAUAUACUGUGUAUACACAUUACAUAAAUAAACAUGUUAAGGUUUUUGUUACAAUUUACAGUAAAUACAUACAUAUGAAUACUGAAAAGAACUGGAAUGAGUAACAUGCACAAUGCAUGUUGCAGGAUAUCCCACAGGCACUUUUAUCACAUCUCCUGUAGUCCUAAUCUUUCUUAUCUGCCACCAUCACCCCUUAAGUCUGGGUCUCAGGGACACUACCAAUAGAACAAAACUGUAGGAUUCCUGUAGCCUGCCCUAAUCUUCUCGUCUUUGUCCCACUCUCUUUCCUAUUUUUUUUAAAGUCUUCUUAGCUGUUUUCACCUUUAGUUUUCCUUCCCAGUUUUGUAUAGCUCUAGCCAUCCUCUCAAACUCCUAUUAGGGACCUGGGGCUGUUCACAAAAUUGCCCCUUUUGUUUGGUCACAUAUGCAUGAGCCCCACCCAGGGUUUGUUUCUAUGUUGUGCCUAAUGGUGCUGAGAUGGGUUUCUUUAAACAAUGUAAGUGAUUUUAAUAGAUAUAUAAAUACAAAACAUGUAUAAAUAAUAGUACAUAUGGUCUUACUCCCAUAUAAAGUAUAUACAGUAUGUAGAAAUACUAGUUAUUGUAUUGUCACAUGUACAGAGUACAAUGAAAUUCUUAUUUGUAUGUCCAAAUAACAUGUGACAGUCCAGUAUGCCUGAACUCUUGUACCUGCAUACAUCCAUUUGCCCAUUGUCUUACCCAGUUCAGCAUUGUGGAGAGCCUAUUCCAGAAGCAUUGGGUAAAGGGAUGAAUGGAGUGGCAGUUUAUUAUGGGCACACUGUUGCCCACACCCACAUCAUUCACAUGGAAUCAGUUCAGAGUCAUCAGUCAAUCUAAGAUGGACGCCUUUAAGAUAUGGAAGGAAAAUCCAGGCAGACACAUGGGGGAACAUGUAAAGUCUACACUGGUAGAUCCUGGGCAAUGAUUUGCACUCAUAUAUAUUCAUAAACAAAUUCCCUUUGAUCCAAGAUUUUCCAUUAUAUGAUCAAUUCAGUUCAGGGUUAAAACAUGCUGAUAUCCAGUGACACAUAUUUGUAUUGUUAAAGUGUUAAAAUAGCAAAGAAAGUUUUUUUUUCACUGCAACUUUAUGGCUUUAAUCAUCAAAUAAGUAUAUCAAUGAGGAAGAAGAGAAAUACAUUCAGUUGCCACUCUCCUACUAUAUAUUAAGCUGUAGAGCAACCCUUUACGUAUGCCUUGUGUGACAGUAGUAUACUAAUAUUUAGAAAAAAUAUAUACUGUAUAUAUGUAUGAAGAUGGCUCUUCUUGGCUGUGCGUCUCAUCGCAUUUUACUUAACAACGGUGUUGCUGUCCAGAUAAACAGGUGCCAUGUAGCUUCCAAUUACAAUAGUAACUAAAUUAGUAGAUCAGUGGUAAGCAGAGAAAUAAUAGAGCACAUAUUGUUGAUGUACAAAUAUGUACAAAUAUUAAAAAAUUAAACUAAAUCUGAAAUGGACUGGGGGUAGACCUGAAAAAAUUCAUUAAAGGAUGCCAAAGUGGGAUGCUUCUUUUUAUGGACUGACCUAGGCAGGUAAUUCUUUCCAUGUUUGCAGAUAUACUGAAAAAUGCCAGCCAAUAUGGGUAAAAUAUGUAUGUUUUUUUGUUUUUCAGCUUUUAUAUGAAAUGUAAAAGACAAUGUUGGGAUCUUGUGUCUGCAUUUCAAUUAAUGAAGUCCUUAUAGUUUAGAAUAAAUUCUUUUACAGGCAUAUACCUUAAAAUAAAAGCAAAACCAGCUAGAUGAGACAUAUACAGGUUAUUAUAAACGUUUAAAACAGAAAUCACCUGUAAGACAGGGUGUACCUCAAAUGAAAUGAACAAAAGGAGACUUUAUUAGAUGCUCACCACAUUGGUUUAGCAUGGAAAAAUCAGAAAACUUAUAAAAUGUUUACACUUCAAAAUAUAGAUUUUAAAAUUAAAUAAAUAACUUCAGAGUUUAAAUAAAAACUAUAUAUAUAAUUAUUGUUUUUAGAAACAUACUUUAUGUUUGUUAAAACCAACCUUUCUAAUUUUGCCACUGGGUGGCACUGGAAACUAAAUUAUGAACCCCUUUGUUUGGGAAUCAUCUAUUUUGUGUAGCUAAAUUAUCUGUUCUUUCAGACAAAAAAGGUAGAUUGACAUUAAAUUAGAAAGUUAUAAUAAAUAAUUUCUUCACCUGGAAUUCUAUCUGUGUAGUGCUCACAGUAAUCAGGGAGUUAAUGUAAUGGGGCUGAGUCUAGCAGAAGGAUUUAUGAAAAUAACAGGUGAAACACCAGCUUUCUUUACAUGUAUGUUAAAAAAUAUGUUUAAAAAAUAAAAGUUUAAAACCUCCCAAAAAGGAAUAGAAGUGGUUAAAAAAAUGGAUUAGUUGCGUUACCGACUCCAAAUAUUUUUGAUUAUGCUGGCCCCUUGUGGCAGUAAUUGUAAUGCACAAACCUCCUGUAAAAAUGCAAUACAAAUUAUUAAAAGAAAAUCAAAGCUCAAAAUUAUGGAUGUUCUGCACUAUUGUAAACUGCACAACCUUUCUAAAGCAACCUCGAGCACAAAGACAUUAUGUCAUAUAAAAUUUCAAUUAUUUACAUCAACCUUCUUGUACUUCCCUCUCUAAAUCCAAAUAUGACAUGUUGAUAAAGCUGAUUAAAUUAUUGAUCAAUUCUUUGAAUGGUUAUAUAAUGUAAUGUGUUGCACUUUAUUAAAAGACAGAGGGACUGGAGUGACUAUAUAAUGUAUUUGGAUGUGAUUAAUGUACUCUUUAGACUACUGCUUCUGGUGACUUUAUAAGAAUGUAACGACAUUAUUGAAAUGUUGAGACCAUUGCCAUUAUAUUAAUAUAAGUGAAUUUCCAAAAAAUCUAGUAAUCCACAUCUUGGUGUGAACUUCUCCUGAUAAAGAGGAGAGCAUUUACAGUGGAAAAAAUACUCAUACACAAUCCAAUGGCAAGACCUUUGUAUGCUUUUAAAAUGGAGAUUUGUUCAACAAACAGUAAUGCUGUAACACCCCUACAAGCUUUAAUCUGUGUGAUUUAUCAUCAUAUUAUGUCCUAGAAGCUAGCUGUCUUUGUGUGCAUCAGCUAGACAUUUCUAAACAACUUGAAAAUACUUGGAUGACAAGCAAAGCUCUUCACUUCUUCGGGUACUUGAAUAAUUUGGUGAUUUGGUUUAGAUGACAAUUGAAAAGCCUUUCAGUUCCACAAGCAUAAUUUUGACAAAAUAUCACAGGACUUGAAGAGCAAAAUUACAUUUCUAUAAAUGUAUAAUUGUGCCUUUAAGGAAAAACAAGAGCAUAUAUUGUAUUUUUUAAGAGUGAAACAUUUUUUAUCAGUAACAUUUUACAUACAUACCAAUAUCAUUCCCAGACAUCAUUUUCCUAUAUAAUAGAAUAGAAUAGAAUAUUUCAAACACCUCUGGUGGCCCUCAAAUUUUCUUCUUCAAAGGAGAGGAGACACUUUGGUGGGAGAAAGUAAAAUUGCUGAGCUACAUACACUACACAGAUUAAAAUAAAUAAUGGGUCACCUUUUGUAUUCCCACACUAUACAUUUGUUUCUACUGGAGUGUAGUACUGUAUUACCUUUUUACAUAGCAAACAACACCAACUACAAUUAAAGCAGGCCUGCCUCAGUGAUGUUAUGAGCAAGCACAUCUGUGCAUGUUUGAGAAUCUUAAGAUUGUAUUUGUAAUCUGUUCUUCAAAGCAAGUCCACUUCUUCACAUCAGUUUUAUUUCAACUCAGCAAUCAACCUGUCAUACCCAAAUUUGGGAUGCUUGGCAGAAAACCAGAGUAAUGUUGGAAAACCUAUCUGAGAAUGUGUCAGCUUUAUAUAGAAAAAGCUGUGAUACAACACUAGAACGGUGUGAAGCAGCAGCACUCUUCACAUGCGGCACUGUAUGGUAACACAACAACAUUCUCAGGUCCAUAAAUUGUACUCUUUUUUUUUUUCAUUUCAGUCUAAGAACUAUGUCAUUUAUUUCAGAAUUACAGAAGGCCUAUCCUGGCAGUACUGAGCAGAAGCAGCAAUCAACCCCGCAUGAGGCACCAGUCCAUCACAGGGUCCAUCCCCACACACAGCCACACUUGAGCCAAUUUAGAAUUGUCAGGGAACAUAAUCUACACGUUAGAUUACCUCAAGAAAAACACAGAUGGAUGCAGAGAGAGCAUGCAGAUUUCACACAAACACCUUCUAUAUGUGAGAUUCAGAUCCAGGAUACUGGAUCCAUGAUGUGGCCAUACUA